AUGGCGAAUUUAGUGCUGUUUCCCGGGCUCCUCGUCGACAUCGUCGAUGAGGAAUGGAUGAGCGAGACGCUUCCCGACGACGAUGUGAUGCUACCUGUCGGUCCUGCACCUGCAUCAGAAGAGGCUGACGAUCUUGGGAAUGAGGUGCCUCAGGAGGAUCCAAACAAAUGGACAGACCUUGCUUUAGACACGAUAAAAUAG